ACCGAAUCAAGAGAUAGGAACUGCACAUUCAAACGAGCAACUAUCAAUUCUGCAAGUAAUACGCCGUGCUAGGCCCGUGGAAUAGGUUACCCAACCUUAGGCUACAAGAGCACGUCUUACUUUCUGAAAAUUUAGCUUCUUCUGUUUUAGACCAUCAACCUCAUAUCCCUCCCCAUCCCACGACCCACCCUCCUAAUGCCAUCCUCUUCACGCCAUCUUGAUAACGUUCGUGAAUGUUCUAUGUUUGCCAAAAAAAAAGGACGUACUAUGGUGAUGUGAACGCGCACCGCUCCGAAAGCACCAAAAAUAUAAAAAAGGAGAAAUGCAAAUCGCAGUAUGCAGGAUAUUUAUAAGCAAAUCAUCUCCAGGAGGGAGAUAACGUGCUGCAUCAAUACACGAUCCAUUUGCCAAAAUGGUGGCGCAAAACAGAAACGUUCAGCGCUCUCAAGCCUUGACGAUGUGGCACACGAGAGAUAUGAAAUCUUUAUGACGCUUUAAAACGGGACUACUACUAACCAAGAAAAUGAGCGCCGUCACCAGAAGGCAUCCACCAAAUGAGAUUCACGGGGGUCGGUAUAGGAAGAAAAAAAUUAAGGGAGGAAGAAACGGAUAAUUACAUGACGCGCCUGGGAACAACAACGGCAACAGAGUAUUUUGUAUCAUUCAGCACACACUUAAAACACUUCCCUUGCAAAGAGAGAAACAAGAAAUUGAUAAAAACAUGUAUUUUCCUACCGCGCGUAUCUUGAGAGCAGUAACCAUCAUCAUUGAGGGCAUCAAAGAACGAACCAUAGCCUACUACAACACACGACUACCAUUAUUAAUACUUCCAUUGCGAAGGAGCCAGAUCAUCACAAUGUUUAAGCUAGGAGACUACGGGAUAAAAGGGAUGGAGAGAGAAAGAGAGAGCUAGGUGUUCGAACCUGAUCGAUCGUUCGAUUUGAAACGCAAACGCACAUUGUAAGCGUCGUAUCCCUUGGAGAGACAGAGGCAGAGCCGAGUGUAGGCUAGUUAAAGGAGAUUGGUAGUACCUCAAACUAGUGCAAUGGCGGCGGCGUAUAAAGUAGGGUAACGGAUCAGUUGCAUUUAGUAAGCAUAACUCUAACUUUGCACAAGUUCUACGCUCUGCUCUUCUCUCAGGCCCCGCCCUUCUCCUCUUCUUCUUCGAUUCACGCGAUAAUUCUCAUUACUGUUUUAGUAUGAAAACUUCUUUCGCAACUUUCUGUAAAUUCUCUCCUCCCUCUCUCUGACAAUCAUGCAGCCGCUUGUCCUUAUGUUGCCGUUUAGUAUGGAAGAAGACUUUGCUUUCAAUUACUCUCUUUUUUUGCUAAAUGUGUCGUAUGACUCGAAAAAUGAAUAGAAUAUCUUUAAAAAAAUGUUCAAAAUCCCUCACCAUCGACGUCUAAUCACCCCUUACCUCGGUCCCACAUGGAUUUAGAGGUAAGAAAUUAUUGAAACAGAAUGACCAUCUCCACCAUUGAACAGCAGAGAGAAAGAAGGAAAGAGCCAGAGAGAGAGUGUGUAAAAACGAGUGUGCGAUUGAGCUCUAGAGGGUUGAUGCUGAACCCAUUUUAAGUUAGUCAAUGCAGUGUAAGGCUCCAUCAAUCCCAUCAGUUGCAAUAACAUAAGAAGAACGAAUGCACAGGCAUCAUCCACUAACGCGCUCCAUCUUGGCUGACCAGCUUAAGUUGGCCAUUUUUGAACAAAGCGACA